AUGCACAUUCUCUGGGCCCUCGUUCCAAGCUAUAUUUCUCUAGCGACAGCAUCGUCAUGCUACGCACCUGAUGGAUCACAAGUGGCCAGCUUCAUAUAUCAGCCAUGCGUCUCCAUUUCAGGUGUACAUUCAAUGUGCUGUAAAAUCAAUGCCGAGGAUCCUGAUACGUGUGAUCCCUCGGGACUUUGCCUGACGAGUGAAGGAACAUAUUAUCGGGAGUUCUGCACGGAUCGAUCAUGGAACUCGACUAAUUGUUUACCCAAGGAUAUCUGUGACAAUCAGAAUGGUGGAAACUCAGACUGGACCUACCAAUUGACCAACUGCGGCGACGGCUCCUGGUGCUGCGGUAGUACCGCUGCCUGCUGCAACACUUACGAGACAUUCACUCUGGACUCGGCACUCAUCAAGUUUACCUCCGAUUCAGAUUCCAAUUCGAAUUCUAGUUCCAAGUCCGGUUCUGCUUCCGAUACUUCUGUUACCUCUGCUCCCUCGACAACAGGAACUGGAAUUCUAUCCGGUGACAGUAGCAGCGGCAGCAUCAGCCGCGAAAAGGACCAGUCCAAUUCCGAUGAGCCGAAGAAGAUUGCGAUUGGAGUCGGAGUUGGAAUACCGCUAGCAUGCAUAGCCGUGGCUAUGAUGGGGGUUGGAUAUUUCUGGGGCAGAAGGAGUAUGAAGAAGGAGUUGCAGCCGAGAUUCCAACCUCGUAUUCUAAAUAUCCCCCUGGAGAAGCCAAAGGGCGAGAUAGGGCGCCCGCGUCCGGAGGAUGAUGCUUCUAGCGUGUCUCGUUGUCUGGAGGUAGUGCGGAGCGCAUAA